AUGACUUCUCUUCGUGGUAGCGGUGGGAGUGGUGGCGACGGUGGUGGCAAUGGUGGGAGUGGUGGCGGCGGCCGUAGUGGCAGUCGCGGUGGAGCUGUUCAGUGGGGAGUUUCUGGCGGUCGCCAGAUGCAGCUGCGGCGGCUUCCGCGCGUGACCCUUAUGUCCCAGCAGCUCAAUGAGUGGUACGCUCAGCGCGGUGCGUCUCGGAGUACUGCUCGCUGCCCGUAUGUCAUUCGCACCGGUGCUCGGGCAGAGUUUGGCGACGAGGCUGAGCUCCCCCGCUGGCUAGAGCUACUUCGGGAGAAAGUGGAUUUUUUUGCUCUAGACUAUGACGCUAUCCUUACUGCCAUGUAUGCUUUGACUGCUGGUACUGAGGGUGACUGUUACCUGUGUGUGCCGCCCGACCCUGGUAUAGAGGCUGCUGCUCUAGGUGCUUGUGAGUCUGCUCUCUCUGGUACUGCGCCUGCUGAGGCCUUGCCCACCUUCACGCUUGACUCAGUUCUUGCACGUGCCUCCACUGUUCUCCCGUGUCCGGCGGUUCCGUCCGGCUCACUGUCAGGUCUCCACCUCCCCUCGUUCUCGACGAACUUGGUGAGUAACGCGGUCCUUCAGGAUGCAGGGGUUGAUACCUUUUUCCCUAGAGGCCAGCGUGUGGCGAUCUGCACGUGCUCCCGGACUGGCCGUCACCUGGCCACAUUCACCCGUCGGCCUGGGUCGAGUCUGUACAUACUGAUUACUGCGGCCGCUGCGUAUGCUCAGGUGUCCGCGUCGAGUCAGGUAGCCGCCUCUUGCUCGUGUCGCCUCCUGUCGCACCAGACUCUCCUCUGGCACCACCGCCUUGGUCACCCCUCCCUGCCACGCCUUCGUGGCAUGCACUCCCGCCUUCUUGUCUCUGGUCUUCCCAGGUCUCUCCCUCCCCUCCCUCCCUCGCCUGCACCGCCCUGCAUUCCUUGCGUCGAGGGGCGGCAGCGCGCCGCUCCUCACUCCUCCUCCUUUCCCCCGACGACAGCUCCUCUGCAGACUCUCCACAUGGACGUGUGGGGCCCAGCCCGCGUCACUGGACAGGGCCGCGAGCGGUACUUUCUGCUGGUUGUUGACGACUACUCGCGUUACACCACGGUCUUCCCCUUGCGCAGCAAGGGGGAGGUCCCUGAUGUCCUGAUCCCUUGGAUCCGCACUGUUCGUCUCCAGCUCCGCGAGCGGUUCCGCACGGACCUUCCCGUCCUGCGUCUGCACUCUGACGGAGGUGGUGAGUUCUCCUCCGACCUCUUGCGGGACUUUUGUCAGGGGGAGGGCAUCCUCCAGUCGUUCAUGCUUCCGGCCUCCCCGCAGCAGAAUGGGAUUGCAGAGCGCCGCAUUGGCUUAGUCAUGGAGGUCGCUUGUACCUCCAUGAUCCAUGCAGCUGCUCCCUAUUUUCUGUGGCCGUUUGCGGUCCGGUACGCUGCGCAUCAGCUCAACCUCUGGCCCCGUGUCUCCUUGCCGGAGACCUCGCCUACAGUGCUUUGGACGGGGAAGGUUGGCGAUGCGUCGGUGUUCUGGGUCUGGGGCUCUCGUGCCUUUGUCCGCGAUACCUCCGCGGACAAGCUCUCCUACAACACUAUUCCCUGUGUCUUCCUUGGCUUCCCUCCUGACGCGCCUGGCUGGCAGUUUUACGACCCCACCUUGCGCCGUGUCCUGCCCUCUCUGCACGUCACGUUUGACGAGUCGGUUCCCUUCUACCGUCUCUUCCCCUACCGCUCUGUUCCUCUCCCCCCUCCGCCGCUCUUCCUCGCUCCAGGUCCCCCUCCGGUAGACCCCCUCCCCCCUCAAGGUCCUGCUCCUUCAGGUGUCUCUCAGGUAGACCCACUUCCCUUAGCUGAGCCUGUCGAGGUCACUGGUUACUCGGAUGCUGCGUCUGAGGGUGCUGCGUUUGGGGGUGCUGAGCCUGAGGCCAGCGAGAGCCUCUCUCGCCCCAGCAGCUGCGCGAGUGGUUUGCUCGGCGCACCCGCCUUCGGAGUCACGGUACUGGAGCUGGAGGCACAGGAGCUGCAGGCAUUGGCGCUGGAGGCACUGGAGCUGGAGGCACUGGCGCUGGAGGCACUGGAGCUGGAGGCACUGGCGCUGGAGGCGCUGGAGCUGGAGGUGCUGGAGCUGCAAACGCUGAAGCUGGAGGUGCUGGAGCUGGGGGCGCUGGAGCUGGAGGCCCUCGAGUUGGAGGCGCUGACGCUGGAGGUGCUGGAGCUGGAGGUACUGGUGGUACUGGGGUUGCUAGUCCUGGAGGCGCUGGUGCUAGAGGCACUGUGGAGCCUCUCUCCCCACAGCAGCUGCGCGAGUGGUACGCUCGGCGCACCCGCCUUCGGAGAUACGCUGCUGGAGCUGGAGGCGCUGGAGCUGGAGGCACUGGGGCUGGAGGCGAUGGAGCUCGAGGCACUGGCACUGGAGGUACUAGAGUUGGAGGCACUGGAGCUAGAGGCAUUGGCUCUGGAGGCACUGGAGCUGGAGGCACUGGAGCUGGAGACGCUGGAGCUGGAGGCGCUGGCGCUGGAGGCACUGGAGCUGGAGGCGCUAGAGCUGGAGACGCUGGAGCUGGAGGUACUAGAGUUGGAGGCACUGGAGCUAGAGGCAUUGGCUCUGGAGGCACUGGAGCUGGAGGCACUGGAGCUGGAGACGCUGGAGCUGGAGGCGCUGGCGCUGGAGGCACUGGAGCUGGAGGCGCUAGAGCUGGAGACGCUGGAGCUGGAGGAGCUGGAGCUGGAGGUGCUCGCGCGGGAGGCGCUGGAGCUGGAGGCACUGGAGCUGGAGACGCUGGAGCUGGAGGCGCUAGCACUAGAGGUGCUGGCGCUGGAGGCACUGGAGCUGGAGGCGCUGGCGCUGGAGGCGCUGGAGCUCGUGGCGCUGGAGCUGGAGCUGGUGGCACUGGAGCUGGAGGUGCUGGCGCUGGAGACCCUCAAGCUGGAGCGCGUCCCUCUGCCGUCUCCUCCUGCGUCCUCUCUUCCUGACGUUCCGGACCCUGAGUCUGACUUGGUUCGUGCUGCCAGCCCCACUGUCACACGUGUUCUCGCUACUGUUGUUACUGACCCGUCGUUUGAGUCUACUGCUGCGUUUGCCUUAGUUGCUGAGCUUGUGGACUUUGCUGCUACGUGUCGUCUAGACUACGCCACUAGUCUUGUUGCUGAACAGGAGGACUUUGAGUGUCUUGCGGCUGCUGUACCUCAUCUCGUGGCCUGGCUGCUUGCCCUUGAGGGAGACCCGGAUGCACUUGACAUCCCGACCCCGCGCUCUUACGCAGAGGCGAUUUUGGGUCCCUACUUCUCUCAGUGGCAGACAGCCAUGGACGCAGAGAUGGCAUCCUGGAAGUCCACAGGUACUUAUGUCGACGCAGUUCCCCCUCCUGGGGCGAACAUAGUCGAUGGCAUGUGGAUUUUCAGGGUGAAGCGACCGCCGGGUUCUCCGCCUGUCUUCAAGGCUCGUUACGUUACACGAGUCUUUAGUCAGCGACAGGGAGUUGACUUCUUCCAUACCUUCUCCCCUACCCCAAAGAUGACCACUCUUCGGGUGUUGCUGCACGUUGCCGCUCAGCGUGACUACGAGCUUCACUCUCUUGACUUCAGCACAGCCUUCUUACAGGGCAGCCUGCACGAGGAGAUCUGGCUGCGCCGCCCACCUGGCUUCACUGGGUCGUUCCCUCCUGGUACCCUGUGGAGCCUCCGGCGGCCAGUCUACGGUCUCCGCCAGGCGCCCCACGAGUGGCACGACACACUGAGGACAACACUUGCGGCUUUUAGGUUUGCUCCUUCCACUGCUGACCCGUCGCUGUUUCUGCGCACUGACACUUCGCUGCCGCCGUUCUACAUCGUCGUGUACGUCGACGACUUGGUUUUUGCCACUGCUGACAUUGAGGCACUGGCCCUUGUGAAGUCGGAGCUGCAGAAGGGACACACGUGA